AUGCGCGUGGUUCCGAAUCUAGACUAUGUCUCCCCGGUUCUUAACACAGUUCAAUUCCUGCUAGAGGCAGCCCAACGAGCAUCGAGCGUUCGCGGACAGAUCCUUAGCGGCUUUGAAGACCUGGAAGCCAUCUUCCAAGAUGUUGAAUUCUUCCUCGCAACGUUUCCCUAG